AUGGAUCUGAACUCGAUGCUGAACUCGGACAGCGGCGCAGGGGGUGCGUCGAGACGGCCUCAACCGCCGCCGCCGCCGCCCUUGUCCAAACCACCGUCCGCAUCACCCUCCAUGACCAUGACCCCAGCGCCCCAGACCCCCGUGCAACAACAUCCGCAUCACGGCUUCAGGGACUACAGCCAGUCCAUGCACGCGUCGCCGGGUCAGGCCCCGGGGCCCCCGCCGCACGAGUACCACCCCGGGCAUCCGCCACCAGGACCGCCCGCCCAGUAUGCAUCGCCGACUACCCAGCACCCGCCUCCCGGCGCCUUUGCCUCGAGACCCGCGCCUCCGCCGAUCCAGCCUCCCGGCACCAGCAACGACCCGCGGUCGCCGGGCAGUGCCAUGUCCGGCCCGUCGCCCUAUCGCCAUACCCCGACGUCGUCCUUGAGCAGCGCCAGCCAGGGCUACCCUUUCCCGCCGGGCCCGGCACCAGGCCAGCAGCCGCCGCCGAGUCCGCAGCAGCGCCAUCAGUACGGGCCACCUGCGGGCUAUCCUCGCGAUCCGAGAGAGAGCUUUGCAUCUCCAGGAGGUUCGGGGCCCCCCGCCGUCGGGAUGCCGUCGCACCAUGGAUCAGUGUCUUACGGGCAAGGGCCCGUGGCCCAGCAGCCGAUGCCACCACAGACACCACCCGUCACGACGCCUGGUGGCCACCCGUACCUACAGCAGCAGCAGCAGCAGCAGCAGCACCAGAGGUCGCAGUCGGUACAGUCUGCAUCCACGUCGACUCCCACGUCGGGGCACCCUCACCAGUUUGGGGGGCCGACGUAUGGACCACAAAGCGGCAGUCCGGUUGCGACGGCGCAUUCUUCUCUUCCGCAUUUCGACCACAGAGAUCAAAGGCAGACGUCCCAACCGCCCACACCUCUGGGGCCGCCUGCGGCUCCACGACAGUCACCGGGCAACUUUGCCCAACCGUCGAGUCCCUACCAACAACGAAUGUCCACCUCGUCCGCCGCUGCUGCGCUACCGCAAUCGCCGUACACCACUCCCCAUCCCCCUCCGCCGCAAAAACACCCGGGCCUGCAGCUGCAGCAACACCAACACCAACAACCCUCUCCCCCACCGCCCUACUCGACCUCCAUCCCGCAACAGACCCCCAACAGCGGCCACUACGACGCCGUCAGCGACUCGCAUCGUCGGUCACAGUCACACACGUCGCACGAACGCGACCGCAGCGUCAGUGUCUCACCCAAGACGCGCAUUCCGAGCCUCACCGGAAGCCUGAGUGGUACCGCCCCUGGCCCGCGCCCGUCCUCCGUAGCCGGCAGCGAAAACUCGGAUCUGCAUUACCAGCAGGGCCACCCAGCACCGGUCGUGGCCCAGAUGCCUGCCGUGAACCGAGAAGGCACACCCGCCAAACGGAAACUCGACGACAGAGAUCUCAGGCCCGACGAGGUAGACGGCGGCAGCAACAGACGGCCCCCGCCGCCUCAGUUGAACGGCAACCACACUGCGUCGUCCGUCUCGCAGUCAGCCUCUCCUGUCGCGGGCCGGCGAAACAAGAUCCGCCACGCACAAGUUCCCGUCUGGGCUCAGAGCGGUAAGGGCCACCCACCCAACGUCAGCCGCAACUACGUGCUCAAGAGCAAGAGCCACGGCGGUGCUGCCAGUCGCCCGGCCCAGGUCAACGGCCACGCCCAGCAGCCUCCCGCUCCCACUGUGGACGGAGCCAUGGGCAUCAAAUCCGAACACGCCUCGCGCCACGCCUCCCCAGAGGCUGCCCGCAGGCCGGAAGAUGCUUACCCGACCAUCGGUCAUGACAACCGGGCCUGGAAGCUGCUUGACGGGCGGCCAUUCCCUCUCGAGCCCGUCUGCCUCAACGCGCCGCUCGAUCAUGUGGCCAAAUCGAUUGCCGAUUGGCUUUACGUCAACAUCAUGCACAGCGAGCAUUUUCACCAGGUCCAGAGCAGGCAGAUCCAGUGGGAGAUCGAGGCCAAGUUUGGCACAAUCAUUGACAGGCAAACAAACCACCGUGUUCACUACCCGGUCAACGGCGAAUGCAUCAUGACCGAGGAAGCCAACAUUGCGUUCAGGAGUAGCAUGACCUUGGCGCAACACCGCUCCUACAAUGAAUGGCUCAAUGCCUUGCUGGCCACGACGCAUCCCCGAAACCCUAACAAUAAGCCGUAUCAGCACGUGCCCAUAUCCUACAAGCAUCGCAAGGAGGUCGAUCAUUUCUAUGAGCUGCCCAGCGCCUUGUACCAGCGGGUCCCGGCCGCGCUGAGCUCCCUUGCACAAUCUAAGCAGCCGUUGAAGGCUCGCGUCACUACGAAUCAGGAGACGGGCGACGUGAUCGCCAAGAUCAUCAAGGCUCGCAUUGUCGACCUGAACAUCCACCUCCCCAUGACCCAAUUCGAUUGCCGCAUCAGCAUCAACCUCGAGUGGGACUGGGACGGUCCCGCUGAAGAGAUUGUCAACAAUCAUCCACAACAUCGCGAGCGCCAACCCGACCGUGCCAAGGACCGCAUGAGCUACAACCAGGGCCAUUUCCAGGUUGAUCUGACCCAAGUAUCGCAAGUCAACACACGCACCGGACAGACUGAGAAGGAACACGAAUUGGAGGUCGAGAUGGAUGCCAACAUGCUGAUCGAGCAGGCUAUGAGGGCGGCGGAAGACAAGACAAAUCUAUACGAGGAGCUGAUCGAAGGCUUCGUUAAUAAUAUCAGGGGCUUGGCGAGAAAGGUAUUUACUGAAAACAGUUGA